ACACCACAUUCACUUUUCACUGCACUUCAUACUUGACGAAAAUAUGUAAUUAUACUCGCGCUUCGUACUCGAGAUUAGUACCUGAAAUAAAGAUAAUUAAUAAACCUAACAACAUGUAGUACCGCAUAUGUGUCACCACUCUGCACUUAAGUUGAGAUUUCCUCUUUUUUUUUUUUUUUUGUAUGUUGGUGUUUGUGGCUUUAGGUUGGCAACAUUGAUGUGCACGCGCCCUUUUUCGCCAUCAUUAUGCUUCAGUCGCAUUUUAGUGCUCGACCACUCUGGAUCUCGCAAUCAAAAUGCCGAAACGUAAGAAGUCAGACAAGUUAGAACAGGAUUUAUCGUCGCUUCUACACAAAGUACGCAAAUUGGAGAAAAAGAUACAUUUAAGAGGAAUCGGAUUUCAUCAUCGGAUUCUGACAACCCGGACGCAGAAACGCUGGUCGUGGAAACUGCAUCAGGCAAGUUAAAUUAUGUGUUUAUUACUUUUUUCUUGGUUAUAAAAAAUUGUUUAUAAUCUUAAAAUACUCGAAAUAUUCGUUAGGAAUAUUUCAAUGCAUUAAACGAGUUAAAUGGAUUCGGCUAACGUAAUAUUUUUUUCUCAAGAUACCCUCACAUAAAAAUAUUAAAUUAAGAAUCUUAUCGUUGCUUACGGGAUCGCCGCUGGGGCUUUUCCACUGCAAAGAAUACAAAUGAUUUAUCUAUGCCUAUAAUGCAUAGUUCUUAACGUAUUUACGUUUAAUGAAAGUAUGUAAUCUGGACAGUCGAUGGGACUGUAUCACCACAUACUUACCUAUUAUGUAUGCAUUUAAAAAUUUACCAUUUAAUUUGUUCAUUUUAGUUCAACUAAACGAAAUUAAUAUUAAGUUCAAAGUAAACAAUAAUGAAAUGAGAAUUCAUUGUUUUUGCAUACAUAAGUUUCUUACGGAAUUGUAUAAAUUCCAGACACGCAUGACGUACCUGCACCGGCCUUGGUAUCCGAGGAUUGGUUGUUAAAUCCAGCAUCCAUGGCUGCUGAAGAGGACAAUGAAAUAAAUCCUAACCCUUCAAGUGAUACACCCAUACCUGACCCUGGUCAAGAAAAACCGGGAAUAUCAACCGAACCUUCGAUCGUUACGCUAGAUACGGAGAUUAUGGAAAUAUUGGGUGCCGAUCCAACCAAUUCAGUAAAAUAUGGUGCUGAGAUAAGACCCGAGUUAGCAUCUCGCAUGCAGCACUGGGCAACGGAAGGCCUUUGCAAGGAUUCUCGCAAAGAGUUGCUGGAAAAAUAUAUUUUACCAUCAAACUGUCAACAAAUAGGUGCGCCAACCAUAAAUGUUGAAAUCAAAGCAGCCAUACCAACGAAUAUUCUAAAUCGUGAUAGAGGUAUCGAACUAAAGCAGAAGCAGAUGGCGUCCGCCAUAUCUUGCCUUACCGAGGUCAUCAACUCCCACAUUUCGUCGAAGGAUACCAACAAUAGUGACCUACAAAAGCUUAUGGACGUUGUUCGUUUAUUAUGCGAUAUUCAACACGCAGACUCGGUCACGAGAAGAAACUUUAUGUUAUUCGCACUUAAAAAAGAUAUUAGCCAACAUCUGGCUAAAACUAAAAUUGAUAGUUUUUUAUUCGGCAAAGACUUACCUGAGACUUUAAAGUCUGCUAAAGCAGUUAAUAAAACCAGUGCCGAGAUAAAGUCUUCUGGAUCUAACAAAAUUUCUACAAGACGACCAAUUGUAAAACCAGGCCCGCCUCCAAAGUCUUUAAACCGGAAAGCUGCUCCGACACGCAGGCAACCGGUGACAGCGACAUACGCGGCGCAGAGCCGCGCGCCUGCAGCGGCGUGGUAUACACCGUGGCCUCAACAAGCGUUGCCGCCACCGCCACCGCCACCGCCACCACCUCCACCGCCGCCGCCCGCGCACUCAUCGAAGACGUCGUUGAAUCAUCCCAAUCCACAGAGCCGUCGCCGGCCUUAUUAGAUACAUGUCCCUCGUCUUCGCUCCAACCUUACCCUGGUAGCAGGCAUCUUAUACGGAGGGCUCUUUCAAAACGAAGCAUCCCUACCUGCUCAUUAGACAUAAUGUUAAGUUCAUUAUCAGAUAAUUCAUUCCGACAAUACGACGUGUGCCUGAAAAAGUGGUGGAGUUUUUGUUUAUCAAACGGAAUCGAUGUUUACUGUGCGUCCAUCCCGACCAUAAUAUACUUCUUAACGGAACUAUACAAUAGCGGCAGCCAGUACGGUACCCUUAACACAUGCAGAGCUGCAUUGAAUCUCUUAUUAGGUCCCACCAUCAGUAAAGACGACAGGCUCCAAAGAUUUUUCAAAGGAGUAUUUCGUCUUCGCCCUUCUUUACCCAAAUACAACCACACUUGGGAUACUAAUAUAGUGUUAGAACACCUUAGCGAAUGGUAUCCAAAUGACACCUUAUCAUUUUUUAAACUCUCCAUGAAAACUGUCACUCUACUGGCACUAACAACGGCACACAGAUUACAGACGUUGUCUUACAUCAAACUAAAUAAUAUUGAACAAUCGGCCGAGAGAUUAAUAAUAAAAAUACCAGAUCACAUAAAAACUUCUAGACCUGGUUCUAAACAACCACUCCUUGUGCUCCCCUUUUUUCUUGAAAAAAUAAACAUUUGCCCAGCAACCACGUUGUUAGCGUACGUAGAUAAAUCUAAACUACUCAGACAAAGCAAUGAUCUAUUCAUUGGAGUUAAAAAACCACACAAAGCAGUAAGGAGUCAAACUCUAAGUCGAUGGGUAAAAGCCACGUUGAGUGAAUGCGGUCUGGAUACGAGCAUGUUCACGGCGCACAGCACGCGACAUGCUGCCACGUCUCGCGCGCACGCACUCGGGGUGUCUAUUGACGCCAUUCGAAACACUGCGGGAUGGAGCGGAAACUCCACCACUUUUGCAAAAUACUAUAACAGGACUGUUACAACUGAUAAAAGCAGCUCUUUAGCUCAAGCAUUGAUUACUAAUUGUAAUACAUGAUUAUUAUAUAAGUUAAAUGUCGAUUUAGUACUUUAUAAGUGUAUCACAUGUUUUGUUAAAUCGUUUCCAAGAUGAAUAAAUAAGUGAUUGUAUAUAUGA